AUGGCUUCCAGUAGUCACUAUGCCAGUAGGCUUGCAGACCAAUACGCAGAAGUUCACAUUGAGGGAGAGGAAGAAGGAAUAUUGCUUGAGGGUGAGGCCGAAGGGGAAGAAUUGGUUUUUGAUGACAGGUGGUGUCUGGUAGGGAAGUUCUUAACGGGAAGAUCGCUUGAUUUUGAUGCGAUGAGACACUUGAUGGCAUCUCUUUGGCAACCUGGAAAAGGGGUGUAUAUCAAGGAAUUGGAAACUAAUCUAUAUCUUUUCCAAUUCUAUCAUGAGUUGGAUAUACAAAGUGUAAUUGAUGGAAGCCCAUGGACCUUUAAUAAGGUUCCUCUCGUCUUUCAUAGAUUGAAAAGUGGUGAGAACCCAAGGGAGAUACAUAUACAUAAACUGGAUUUAUGGGUGCAGAUUCACGAUCUUCGUUCUGGGUUCAUGAUGGAUAAAGUUGUGCGAAGUGCAGGAGCCUAUAUUGGCUCGUUUGUCAAGGCUGACCCAAAGAAUUUCAACGGUAUUUGGCGGGAUUAUUUACGUGUUCGAGCCACUAUUGAUAUUGAGAAGCCUCUGAAGAGACGUAUGAAACUGUGUAAGGAGAAUGGUGACUGGAUUUGGGCGAAUUUCAAGUAUGAGCAUCUUCCGUUGUUCUGCUUCAUUUGUGGGAUUAUUGGUCACUCGGAAAGACUAUGUCCGAAGCGUUUUUACCAAGACUUUGAUCCGAAUGUGAAACCUUAUGGUAUCAGUAUGAAAGCUCAAAUGCGGAGGAGGAAUUACCAGAUUGGAGCACAAUGGUUAAGGACAGGUAAUGAUGAGCCUGUGCCGGCAAGUGGUGGCGAUGUUCGUCGGAAUGAGGCUGAAGAACAGUCAACCGAUAUCACUAAAAUCAUGGAUGUUGAUCCCAUGUUAUCAGGGAGUAAUGGGAGGGGUAUAGUUAAUGUAGAAGGAAAUCAAGGGAAUAAAGGAGCUGAUCGGGUAGCUGGUACUUUAAUGGGGAAUAUUACUAAAAAUAUUCAUGGAGACAUAGUCAACCCCAACAAUCAAGAGUUGAUUCUUGUUUUGGAAAAUAAAAAGAGACGUAUGGAUAUGGGAGGAAUAGGUGGAAGUGUAGAUGUGGCAGCUGAUGUGGAGAUUAAUGUGGAAAUGGAAAAGGAAACUGGUGCUAGUGUUGGGCCAAAAAACUUAUUGAAGGUGGGUCUUGGUUCCCAAGCCCACCAAGCAUUAUGA